UGACUCCGGAAACACGUGAUCGUGGUGAAGCGGAAAAACAGUUCCAGCACAUGUGUUAAAAAACCUGCUUCAUGUAGAGAAGAACCUGGAAAUCAGCUCGUUUCUUCUGCGGGGCUUAAAUCCUUUAAUUUCUGUUGGGACUUUGGUGCCGUCGGCGGGAGCAACAUGGAGGACGAAAACGUUAUCAAGCUUCCGGUGACCGAGAAUAAAAUAACGGCGAAGAAGAGAAGCCGACCUCCGAAGUUCGACCCGGAGGAAGAGGAGCAGCGGCGGCAGCAGAACCUGAAGAGGCUGGCGGUUCUGGGAGAGGAGGACGGCUCGGUGAAGCGGCUAGAGACGCUGGUGUUUGGAGCGGAGGAGGAGCUGCUGGAGAGGCUGGUGGAGGAGGAUGAAGAGGAGCAGACCAGUGGCCUGCAGCUGGAGGAUGAGGAGGGCGGUGGGGAUGAAGACUCGGAGGGGGAGGAAGAGCCUCGUCAGCAGCCGCAGCCCAGGAAAGCUGCCUGGGUGGACGAAGACGACGAGCUGGAGGAAGAGGUGGACUUGAAGCACCGUUACCGUAGAAACCUGAUGAAAGGAGAUGCAGAGUCGGCCAUGUCCAAGCAGAGGCUGCAGCAGAGGAUGAAGGAGCAGUUUCAGAAGUCGAUGGGAGGAACUCCAUCCUGGGCGCAGAGCAGCGACCAGAAGAAGAAGAAAAAAAAAGCUCUUGAUGAAGAAGAAGAGGAGGAGGAGGAAGAAGAGGACGACCUCCUCAGGAGGACGGGGAACUUUGUGGCGCCUUCAGAGAGUCUUCCCAGCGGCGUCCUGAGGAUGAAGAAGUGUCUCCAUGCCAACAGCGCCCGCCCCUCGGCGGACCGGCUCACCACGGUACAGUUCCACCCGUCGGCACAGGUCGUCAUGACGGCGGGACUCGACCAGUCCGUCUCCCUCUUCCAGGUGGACGGGAAGACGAACCCGAAGAUCCAGAGCGUCCACCUGGAGCGGUUCCCGGUCCACCAGGCCCGGUUCAGCCGGGACGGGCGGACGGUGAUCGCCACCAGCCUGCGGAACAAGAUGUUCUACCUGUACGACAUGAUGGAGGGCCGCGUGGCGCCGGUCCGCUCCGUCAGGGGUCUGAGUGAAGCCAGAGUGAAGGACUUCUCUGUGUGUCCUGACGGGGGUGCUCUGCUGCUGACCGGGACCAACGGAUACCUGCACAUGCUCACGCUGAAGACCAAUGAGAUCAUCCGCAGCAUGAAGAUCAACGGUGACGUCAGCGGCGUGGCUUUCUGUCCCGACGGCAGCAAAGCCUUUGUGAACUCAGAGGAAGGCGAGGUGUUUGUGUGGGACGUUCGCAGCAGUCGGUGCCUCAGCCGGUUCAUGGAUGACGGCUGCGUGAAGGGGACGGCCAUCGCCGCUUCGCCGGACGGUCGCUACCUGGCCUGCGGCUCCCAGGCGGGCGUGGUCAACGUCUACUCCCAGGAGGCGUGUCUUAAUUCGACCAAUCCAAAGCCUCUCAGAGCGGUGAUGAACCUGCUGACCUCUGCCACAUCUCUGACCUUUAACCCCACCUCUGAGAUCCUGGCUGUCGCCUCGCGAGUGGAAGACGAAGCCGUGCGGCUGGUCCACCUGCCCAGCCUCACCGUCUUCUCCAAUUUCCCCGUGGCCAGCAGGAAGGUCGCUCACCGGGUCGGCUGCCUGGACUUCUCGCCACACAGCGGCUUCUUCUCAUUGGCCAACAACAAAGGACACGCCCCCCUGUUCAGGCUGCUGCACUACAAGGACUUCUGAAGAGACUCAGGACCAGAACCAGAACCAGAACCUAACCAGAACCCGGCUCAGUUAUUCCUGAACACCUGAAGCCUGUUGGGUUUGGGUCAGUCGGUCCAACAGGAAACAGAACUCUGCGACUGGUUUUUAUAUUUGGAUUUAUAAAAGGCUUUCUAACAGAACCAAGUCGACCCGUUUUGUUUUAUUCUGAAGUUUUUCUCUCCUGAUGUUUAAACUUAAAUUAUUUAAUCAGAAUUUUAACUUUAGAUCAGAAAAUCUUGGAUUUUUCCCAGAAUAGCCCGAUUUCUCCUGAUCGGGUGCCAGAGAUCAUCUGUGACCUCUGACCUCACGACCUCUUCCUGGAAAAGAGGAAGACCAUGGAUGAAGAUUCAAUCUGCAGCUGAGUUUGAUUCGGUUGCAGAACAUUAAACUAAAAUGUGACGCUAAUGAAACGGCGGCGUUCUGCUUCCUGGUCCAGAGCAAGCACGCGGCGACAGUGGACAGAGCAACCAGUGCAGCUAGAGAAUCAACAUUACUGACUUUAGAUUAAUUACGCUCAGAUGGAUGAGUGUCAUUUUAUUUGUUCAUUUUGAUGAUUUUCUACUUCCAGUUGUUACAAAACAUUUAAAAUUAGAAGAUUACAUCAAUAAAACAUUUGAAAACACA